AUGGUCGUUGUUGUGACAAAGUCAAAGUUGUCAUUGUCAACGUAUCAAGAUAAUCAUCAUCAACAUUUGCUUCAUUUAUUCUCACCAACAUGUUUGACAGGUGAUUUACAUUAUGUUGAUAAAACUUACUAUGAUUCCGAUAAUGAUCAUGUCUUAUUGACCCAAACUUCGAGUCGAAAAUCUUUGGAUGUUUCUCAACAAUCUCUUAAUUCUGCUUUAUUCAAUCGUGCCAUCAGUUUACUGGCUUCCAUGUCUCGGCUUGAUUUGAAGAACCACAAUCUUCAUCUCCUUCCCAAUCAAAUCAAUCAAUUUUCUCAUUUGACUUCUCUCGAUUUGUCACACAACCAUUUAACAACCUUACCUACAACUUUGAACCAAUUAAUCCAUCUUCGUCAUCUCAAUCUAGCGUAUAAUCACUUUACUCAUGUACCUUCCGCGUUAUUCCAUCUCGGCAAACUCACCACGUUGAAUAUCUCCCAUAAUACAUUACUCAACAAUAUCUCAUCCUUGCUCAGCAAUGCAGUAAGGUUGACAACUUUGGAUGUUUCUUACACAGAUAUUGAAUCUCUACCUGCGGAAUUGGCCUGUCUUCUUACCAUUCGUAUCGAUCAUUGUCCUCGUCUAAUCUCUCAUAAUUCCAACUUUCUUCAUGUACUCCACCACGAUCCUCCUAGUUUAUUAGAACUGUGUUCAAGACAAUUGAUGACACAACCAACUUAUCACACAGCAUUGACGAUUUAUCUACAACGACAAACACAACAACAUGAACAGCAUAAUACUUUUGUUUUGACUUCAAACGGAAACACCAUUUUUGCAAAUUGGAAAUCAAUCAUCAAAAGGAAAUUCAAUCGUACUACAUUGCCCCUGACAACUAAAAGACAAAUAUUACAUUCAUCAUCAACCUCAACAUCAUCAUCAUCAUCAUCAUCAUCAAUUUCUCCAACAACAAUAAGAUCGUUUAAUAAGGAUAUAUCAGCUAUAUUGAAUCUACCAAGUCAUCUCUGGGAUUAUAUGAUGAGAGCUCAUCCGUGUUCAUUUUGUGGAAAACCUUAUGUACAAGAUUAUGUGACGCGAUACCGGAUUAUUCAACGCUUAGAUGAAACUCUUUUACCAGUUCAUUAUCACCUAUGUUGUGCCCAUUGGUCGAAUGAAUCAGAUCGUCUAUUAUCACUAUUCUCUAGUGUAGUAUCGUCUUCAUUGUAGUAUAGUUUUUUUUUUCUGGUAUCAUCUUACAUUAGUAUUGUCCUUUUUUUUAAAAAAAA